AUGGGUAUUAACAGCCUUCUUGGCUUUCUUCGUCCUAUAACCAAGGACUCGUCUAUACAAGAGUAUACAGGGAAAUCGCUUGGAAUUGAUACGUCUUGUUAUCUUUACAAAGGCGCAUAUUCUUGUGCUACAGAACUGGCCCAUGGAAUACCAACGAAUAAGUAAGUACAUAUGUUUUACAACUCAAAAUCAUUAAAUAUUAAUGAGUGUCGCCGUAUGAAUAUUCUUGUUGCUCAUUGAAUGAGUCAUUGUGUAUUCAAAAUAUUCAAUUUCAAUGAGUGUGUGGAAUUGUGUUUUGUGUGAUACAAUAUAAAGAAGUAAGUCGUAUUUGUAUUUACUAGAUACAUCGACUACCUAGUUCAAGUUAUAAGGCUUCUGCAAGCCAGUGAUAUUAAGCCUAUUGCGGUGUUUGAUGGAAACAAACUCCCAGCAAAAAGCAAUGUGAACCGCUCUCGUGAAAGGUAUAGUUUCAAUAAUUUAUAUAAUAAUAAUAUUAGUCUUUGUGACCAAAACAUAUCUUUCUUCAUAUUGAUAUUCAGUAUUGUAUGUGUAAUGUUAUUUCUUAUAGUACAAGAAAAGAUACAUUAAGAAAGGGUAAAGCCCUCUGGUAUUGCAACGACAAAACAGCAGCUGCUGGAUUCUUCCAAAAGGCCCUGAAAGUGACAUGGAAUAUGGUUUUAACCACAAUUGAGGUAUUCAAAUUAUAAAUUUUAUUAAUAGAAUGGGCAUUGGCAUAAAAAUGUAUGUUGAUUUGGUAAAAGAGGCGUUUAAGUCUGUUCUGUGCAUGUGCUAUUACCUAUGUGAGAUCCUGAUAUGAUCAGACAUAUGUAAACAAUGUUGAAAUUUGUUUCAUUGUUGUUUCGACAUCUUCUAAAUCAGAAACUCUAUCAAUAUUUAUUUGCAGCAAACCAAAACACAUCGUAUUUUUUAAAUAUAGCGUGAAUGUAAACAAACUGACGUCAACCUGUUUGUUUACAUUUGGACUUGAACUCCAUGUGCUAUAAAUCACAUCAAGCACAUGCAAUGUCAAAUUUCCACACAUACCAUUAUUUUUUAAAAUUAAGCUAAAGUUUACUGAUAGUUAUUGACUACACUUAUAUUUUCAGACAUUAAAAGGUAUGGGAGUCGAAUAUGUUGUGGCUCCAUUUGAAGCAGAUGCCCAACUAACAUAUUUGGAAUCGCAGGGUCAUUUGAAUGCGAUUAUAACAGAAGAUUCCGACUUACUUGCAUUUGGUUGUAAAGAGGUAAUUAAUACUUUUUACAUUAUUGUGAUAUUAACCCAUUGAGCCCCAGUGCGUCCUACUUAUUUUUUUACUUAUCUAACGCCAGAUGAUUUUACUGAUCAAGGGGGAGGCUCUGCAGCUUAAUGGGUUAACCAAAAAAAUCUGAAAAUGUACCUAUUUAACCCAUUGAGCCGCAAUGCGCCCCACUUUUUUUUACUUUUCUAAUGCCAGACGAGUUUACUCGUCAAGGAGGAAUGCAGCUUAAUGGGUUAAUGAAAAAUUAUAAAUGAAAAAAGUCUAAUGAGAAAAUUUUCAUUACUGUCAACUAAAAUUCUGGUAAUUUUUUUUUUCCACACCCAACUUCAGGAUGCAUUUAUAAGGUUCAAUUAUUUUGAGGAAUUUUUUGAAUUUGAAUUAGUUUAAAGAAUUGUUAAUGUUUUUAAACCAGGUCAUAUACAAGUUGGAACUAAAUGGGACCUGCAAAGUCAUUAGACGGAUGGACAUUUGUAAAUUCAUGGGUGUCAAAGAUUUCAAAUUUGAACACUUCCGAUAUAUGUGCAUUAUUGCUGGAUGUGACUACCUCAAAAAUAUUAGUGGUAUUGGGAUCAAGAGGGCUCAUGCUUUUAUUCAGAGAUAUACAAGGGCAAAUUUAAAAAUCGAAAAG